AUGAUCCGCCUCUGGGCGAAGGUCAGCAAUCGGACGGACUGGCGGUGUCCUUUCCUGAUUGCCAACAUUAAACUGUCCUCGUUUUCUUUCUUUUUUUCAGGACUGCUUCUUGUCCUCUUGGGUAGCCUUGCAACGGCCGCGCAGAUGAUUGUGGAGGAAGUAUUUCUGAAGAAACACGGUUUUCACGCCCUGCACGUGGUCGGCAUGGAGGGAUUCUUUGGAAUGUUCGUCAUGGGUUUCGUAAGUUGUCCUCUCUACACCGCCAGGUGGAGUUCUACAGACACAUCUCUUUGA